CUCGAAUUCCAUUUGCGACAAUCCAGGACCCAAUCUUUGUCACGAACCUCCUCAAUCCACCUCUAUCCCUUCCGCCAUCUGCGCAUCUUCAUCUCACAAUCCGCGACAAUGGCCAUCUUAGCAAGUGCCCUCAACAUCGUCGGCCUCCUCUUCCUCUCGCACGCCGUCUACAGCGCCUACGAACACUCCCUCCUCCCCACCACCGCCUUAAUCCCUCCGACACCAUCCCGCACUUUGAUCCCCGCCUUCCUAAACCCCAAAAUCGACCUCCCCCUCGACAUCACGCUCGAAACGCUCUUCUCCGUCGUCCUGCUCUGCAUCGGCGUAGUAAUCAGCAGCCCCGCGCUCAUGCCUAUUCAGUGGAACGUGUGGGCUGGACGGAUGGAGAGGAGUAAAGAGGCCAGGCUGGUUACUGAGGUGGGGGUUGGCGGAGGCAAUCCGUAUGCGGUUUUAGAGGAGAGGCCUGGGUUUGUCGAUAUUAGGCGGCAGAGGAGGGAGUUUGCGGAGUGGAAGGGGGGUAAAGGGGUGGGGUUGUGAGGGGACAGCGGUGCAAUAACAUCACCGUUACCGGGUAUGGGUGGUAUUUGAGAGGAGGAUUACGCUGGGUCGCGCCUUCCUUCUGCUGUUGCUGCAGGUG